GCUCCGGCAGCCAAUCGCAUUGGCCGUGUGGGGUAGCGGGCGCACGGAGUAGACUGACCGAGUGACAGCGUUUGAGUCCCGGGGAGGAGGAUCGCAGAGGCUCCGUGGGAGAAGUCAGCGCCGCGGACAAGAUGCCGAACAAGCCGAAGAAGGAGAAGGAAUCCAGCAAAUCUUCCAAAACCUCCAAGAACAGCAGCAGCGUGAAGGACGGCGGGCCGGAGAACCCGGAGGAGGUGCAGCAGCAGCAGAGCGGCAACAAGCGCGCCAGCUGCAGCACGCCGCCGCCAACGCAGCUCAACAAGAUCAAAUACUCCGGCGGCCCGACGCUGCUGAAGAAGGAGCGGCGCCAGAGCUCGACCCGGUUCAGCCUCACCAAGAACCGCGAGCUGCAGAAGCUGCCCGCCCUGAAAGAUGCCCCGCCCCCGGAGCGUGAGGAUCUGUUCGUGCAGAAGCUGCGGCAGUGCUGCGUCCUGUUCGACUUCAUCAGCGACCCGCUCAGCGACCUCAAGUACAAGGAGGUCAAGAGGGCGGGGCUUAACGAGAUGGUGGAGUACAUCACGCACAACAGCGAGGUGGUGACCGAGAGCAUCUACCCCGAGGCCGUCGUCAUGUUUUCCAUAAAUGUGUUCCGGACUCUUCCUCCAUCCUCCAACCCGACUGGCGCUGAGUUCGACCCGGAGGAAGACGAGCCGACGCUAGAGGCGGCCUGGCCUCACCUGCAGCUGGUGUACGAGUUCUUCCUUCGCUUCCUGGAGUCUCCGGACUUCCAGCCCAACGUCGCCAAGAAGUACAUCGACCAGAAGUUCGUUCUGUCGGUAAGACAUCACCUGGCCAGGUGGGGCUCCAGGUGGGGCUCCUGGUGGGGCUCCUGGUGGGGCUCCAGGUGGGGCUCCUGGUGGGGCUCCUGGUGGGGCUCCAGGUGGGGCUCCAGGUGGGGCUCCUGGUGGGGCUCCUGGGUGAUCAUGGGCCUGCUGAAGUUCUGGCCCAAAACCCACAGUCCGAAGGAGGUGAUGUUCCUGAACGAGCUGGAGGAGAUCCUGGACGUCAUCGAGCCGGCCGAGUUCGUCAAGGUGCAGGAGCCGCUCUUCAGGCAGCUGGCCAAGUGUGUGUCCAGCCCGCACUUCCAGGUGGCAGAGAGAGCGCUGUACUACUGGAACAACGAGUACAUCAUGAGUCUGAUCAGCGACAACGCCGCCAAGAUCCUCCCCAUCAUGUUCCCUGCUCUCUACAAGAACUCCAAGAGCCACUGGAACAAGACCAUCCACGGUCUGAUCUACAACGCUCUGAAGCUUUUCAUGGAGAUGAACCAGAAGCUGUUUGACGACUGCACUCAGCACUACAAGGCCGAGAAGCAGAAAGAGAAAUACAAGCUGAAGGAGCGGGACGAAGUCUGGAUGAAGAUCGAGGAUCUGGCCCGGCAGAACCCACAGAGCAAUAAGCUCCACCCCCUGCGGCCUGGACUCCACCCACAGGAAGAGUUCCUGAUGUUCAGCGAUGGCGGCAUGGCCUUCAUCUCCAUGGAGACAGAGACUCCGACAGCAGAGGACAUCCAGCUGCUGAAGAAGACGGUGGAGACGGAGGCGUCCCAGGGGGCGAAGGAGCUGCAGAAGGACAAGGCGCUGAUGCGCAGGAAGUCGGAGCUGCCGCAGGACGUUUACACCAUCAGAGCUCUGGAGGCGCAUCAGAGGGCCGAGGAGUUCCUCACAGCCAAUCAGGAGGCUCUCUGACCCCCAUGAGGCCCCGCCCUCUCCACGGCUCUGACCCCUGGUGGCCCGAACCAGUAGGACACUAGAAGCUCCGCCCGUCUGUCCAUGUGCCGUGUCUCAGCGCUCCACUGUGAUUGGACAUCACCCCACAAGCCACGCCCACAUCUCCCCUGAGGCUGCCGCGGUUCAGACCGCCACCGAGCGCCUGAACGCAUCGUCGGAGUCUACAGCAGGAGCCCAGAGGUGCGUCCUGAUUGGCUGCUCCAGCCCCACCCCCGUUAUGGGCUGCCCAGGUGUUGUCAUGGAAACUGUGGGGCCUUCAGGCUCCUGUUGUGCUCUACUGCACUUGAACGCAGUGUGGAUGAAUGUCCCUGUGACCUCUGACCUCACUUAGCCAAUCAGGUUUGGAUCUGCAUAGACGCAGUGAAUGUAGGCGUGGCCUCCGCCAGGGCUACCGCCAAUCAGGGCUUAGACCCAAACACCAGGAACCAAGCCCGGUUCUGAUAGUUCUGAUGGUCCAGUCACCACAGGAAGUGAUACGAUGGGUGCCGGUUCCUACAGGCAUUUCAGACAUGAGCUCUGAUUGGUCAGAGGAAACAAAUCGUUUAAUUAACCGGCUCUGAGGUGGGGGAGGGGCUUUGUGAUGUCAGGGAGGCCACACCCCCAUGGAGGCCACGCCCAGAGUGGCCACGCCCACAGCACAUCCGUUUUUUCUUCAUCGCUCUUCCAGCUGUUGAGCCGGCACGUCAUCAUCCCAUUGGCUGUGAUAAGCUCCGCCCCCACCACCCCCAUGUCGUGACACCACCAGGCGGCGCUGUUCCAGAUGUUUAUUGAGCAUCACACGGUGAUUUGUACAGAUGUUCAUGUACAGCAGAAAUAAAGCAGAUCCCGCCCCCA